AUGUCUUGGGGCUCUCAUCAUGAAGCAAUCAAGCGAUUAGAAGCUGGAGCUGAACAAGGCGUUUUAACUCUUGAAGGAUAUUUGAAAGAAGAAUGUUAUCUAAAUGCUCUUGGUCAGCAUUUAGAAAAAAUUUCAAAUUUUAUUGCCAAGAAUGUCCCAACUUUAAUUAAAACAGCAAUCCAUCUCGAUGAAAGCAAUAAAGAGCUUAAUCCUGAUAGAUGUACGAAGGCUUUAGUUUCUCACAAUUCCAAAAUUAUAGACGCUUUAGUAAAUGAUACAAACGUUGUAACCCUAUUAACAGAUUCUAUUACUCGUGAUAUAUUUUAUCCAAAUUAUUUCAAAAUAUUACAGUUCGCUAUUGAUUCUGAUUUCCUUAGCAAAGUCCCAGAUCCAAGUACAUUUUUUCAAAACCUUGUCAAGAAAAUAGAUAACCAGUGCGUUUUGCAAUUCUUAAUCAAAUCAAUUUCAAAUAAAUUUGAUUGGCUUUAUAAAGUCGAUGCCGACAAAAUUUUGAUGGAUAAAUUAAACGACGAAGAAUAUACUGUUUCAUGCUGUCUACGAUUGCUCCUUUGUUUCUUUGAUACGGCUGAAACGAAUGAUCUUAUAAAACGGCUUUGCACACCAUCGAACGUUAAGCUACUGUUCGAAGCAGGUAUUGAUGCUCCAACCUGCUUGAUAGCCGAAAAGUCAUUUUCUAUGCUUUUAAAUAUUUAUAACUUCUCAGACACAACAAGACCAAAACCAGACGCGAAAUCACCUUUCCAAGAAAUUUUAGAAAUAUUACAGGAAAAUGUGAAACCUUUAUGCGACUAUAUCAUACGAGAUCAAGAUUUUUUAGCAGAUAAAAGAAACGCGGUAGAACUUGUAUAUGCUGUUAUUGAAACUACUUCUAGUUGCCCAGAAUGCUGUUUCGAAGUUGCCAGAUACUUAUUUAAGCUGUUUUUCAAACAGCCAACAAAUUCCUUUUUACAUUCCGCUUUCAAAGAUAUUAUAAAGAGUAUUUUAGCCCUAAAGUCAGAUAUUUGGGCCAAUUUCAUUGAUAACCUCGGAAUUAUGCAAAAAAUGAUCGACGAACACAAUAACAUGAAUUGUAUUACUACAACAUACCAUGGAUUUAUUAUUGAGAUAUCCAAGGAAAUAUCUGAAAAGAUUUCGCUUACAAAAAUCGAAUUACCAGCAGAUUGGCAGAAUUUUAUCACAAAUACUGUUGAUCCGACCAUAAAGUUUUACAAACAGAACUACGGCGGUUACGUUCCUAAGGUGAGCAACGACAUUAUCCUAAAUCCUCAUUUCAUUGAACCUAAAACGAUUAUUGACGACGAUUUCGAAGAUGUACCUGAUGGAAACGAUUCUAAUAGUGAUGAUGAAGAGGAAUCGGCUUAA